UCCCAGGAUAACGUCAUUGGUAUGGAAGCUGGGCACCGUGUCGUCAAAAAAUCUGCGGUAGACAUUAUAUUAGAAUUGUUAUGUUUAUAUAAGUAAGUAAGGGUCUCACUCAAGGCCUAUUGUACGUAUAAAGUCGGUUUAAAGUCCGCCAAGGAGUCCAAAUUGCUCCCCUGGAGGAGAGGAAGAUUUUCUACAGCGUCGUCAGGAGGUCCUUCUAGGGGGUCACUCACAAGGGUACUAUUCCAAGUAGAGGAAACUUUCAUCAGCUCCUAACUAGGAUUGAGUAUUGCACAGAGAACAGCCUGUGAAAAUGGAAGCUGAAAAAUCGUCACUAUUGCUGUUAAUCAAAGAAGAGGAGAAUUUAGAGGAGGGUCUAACUGAAAACACAGGGGAAGGCUCUUCACUUGCAGACCCCUUAGAAGUCAAGGCAGAACCAGAAUUUUUUGACAAUGGUGAAUUUAAUGUGAACUGUUCAUCCCAAUCUGGUAAGUGUGAUGAUGGAUGCGGAAAGAAGAGGAUCUGUAUUGCAGAAGAAAAUAGAUAUUUGGGAAGAAGCAGCAUAGUAGGGAAGCAAAUAACUUGUGCUGAAUGCCAAAGGACAUUUUCACGGAUGUACGAAUUGAAAUCUCACAUGAGAACUCAUACUGGAGAGAAACCAUAUACUUGCUCUAUAUGUCAAAGAAGUUUUUCUCUUCAAAGUCAUCUUAAAAGACACAUGAGAACUCAUACAGGAGAGAAACCAUAUAUUUGCUGUAGAUGUGCAAGUAGUUUUUCUCAAUUAAGCAAUCUCACAAUACACAUGAGAACUCAUACAGGAGAGAAACCAUAUAGUUGCUGUAUAUGUCAUAGAAGUUUUUCUCAGCAAAAUAGUCUCAAAGUACACGUGAGAACUCAUACAGGAGAGAAACAGUUCACUUGCUCUAUUUGUCAAAGACAUUUUUCUCGACAAAGUCAACUCAAAAGACACAUGAGAACUCAUACAGGAGAGAAACCAUACUCUUGCUUUUUAUGUCAAAGAAGUUUUUCCGAUUCAAGCACUCUCACAAAACACAUGAGAACUCAUACAGGAGAGAAACCGUAUACCUGCACUACAUGUCAAAGAAGUUUUUCUGAUUUAAGUACAUUCACAAGACACAUGAGAACUCAUACUGGAGGGAAACCAUAUACUUGCUCUAUGUGUCAAAGAAGUUUUUCUCUUCAAAGUCAACUCAAAAGACACAUGAGAACUCAUACAGGAGCUUGACCCAGAACAGCGGGCACUGGAAGAGGAACUAGCUAAUAAAAUUGAAGAGACCAUGGCAAUACCAAUGGAAGACUGCCCCAAGCUGAUCAGACUUAAAGAAAAUAAACAUUCCAGUGCCACCUGGCGGGAGACGGGUGAUUACAGAGACAGUGUUAGUGGGUUAGCCAAGUGUUACUUUUAAUGAUUUUGUAAUAUGCAGAUUGCAGUUAAUGGUGCAAAGAUAUAAGCUACUUUUAACAGUAAAUAAGUAUCCAUAUAAUUGAUUAGUAUAUGAAGAUUAUUAAUUUAUUCUUCAUAUUUUGGCCUGUUUUGUGACUACAGUACUGUACAGUAUGUGCUAAUAAACAAUAUAGAAUACACUACAUUACUGUGCUGUACACAUAAUGAAAAAACAAACUGUACAAUAAUGUCAUCUGAAUAAAUGUAUACAAAAAAUUAAUCUUGAUAUUCUCUCUCUCUCUCUCUCUCUCUCUCUCUCUCUC